AAUCACAAAAAAACAGAUUAAUUAAGACCAAAAACUUGAUUAAUUAGCGUGCUUGACAUUUAAUGACAUUUCAUUUUGAUGGACGUAGAAGUUGGCGGAAUCGCUGAAAUUUUUGAAAUCUGUCUCCACUAAUUUAGUUAUGGCUGAUUACCUUAAGGCGAGUGGGAGGAUCAUGCCGACUGCUUUUCAAAUUACGUCCGCAUGUGUAUUUUGCAAAAAAAGUAAAUUAAUACCACUACUAAUUGCAACGUGAUGCAAUGACGUCAAAAAAAUGACUGCAUAAUUAGCAAUGUCUACAUAUCAAAUAUAAUUGCCAUCUUUUUCACUUCGUAACAAGACAGCGGUGAAUAAGGUUGUCAGAGAGUUAUACUAAUGACUAACGGUUACGACUGGACUUUAGUACCAAUGCCUAUUCGAGCAGGAGCACCAAGCCGGUCACGGUCUCAUGUCAAACGCCCAAUGAACGCUUUUAUGGUGUGGGCGCAGGCCGCGAGGAGGAAGCUUGCUGACCAAUACCCGCAUUUACAUAAUGCUGAACUCAGCAAAACAUUAGGGAAGUUAUGGCGUAUGUUGAACGAGGAAGAGAAGAAACCGUUCAUGGAUGAAGCUGAACGAUUGCGUUUGAAACAUAAACAAGAUCAUCCCGAUUAUAAAUACCAACCAAGACGGAAGAAAAACUCAAAAGAUGGAUCUCCUGAUAACAACGAAGCUGAAAUUACGGCUUCCGAUUUAUUACGUGUUAUUAAAGGAGAAACAUUACCUUUGAAGAAGAACUGCGGUAGUAUGUCUGAUUCAUCCGAGAGCCCUCAAAUGAGUCCUUAUCAAGAGUUUAGUCCAAAAUCUUCAUGUUCCUCGAAUAAUCCCUUUAGUCCGAAAGAAGUCCGAUCCAACGAUACAUCUCGAUACCCCGAUUCGGUUUCUCCGACAAAAGACGAUGACAUUGAAGCCUUAGAUCUUCCAAAUGUUUCGUUAAACUCAUUUAUAAAGGAGAAUAUUGUUGACAUCAAUAAAAAUCAAAUGAGUGUUGAAGUCAGUGACUUAGAACAGUAUUUGCCAUGUGCUUCACAGAACGUUUCCAUGACAACUUGCAUGGAGAACAUUCCAAAAUGGACAGAUUUUCAAACAUCGGUGUACAGUCAAACGCAGACUACUCCACAGCAGAGUAGUCAUUUUAACCCCCUGAAUAAACUGCAGCAGUUCGAGGAGAUGACACAAUCCUCUUUUAUGCAGAAUCAGCUACCAUCUCCAGUGUAUUCACGCAUGAGUAGAAACAAUGGCAGGUACAACCCUUAUACUAUAAACAAUACUUCUGUUUCAAGAAGCAUCAGUUUCCCCCCAAGCAUGAAAAAUACAAACGGGACUGGAAGUCUGCAGAAUACACAAAGGUCGAGCUUAACUUCCCAAGGACUAAUAGACUUUACUGCACAUCAACCCAUGGCUUACUUGCUCGAUGCAGCUAAAAACCUACCUUGCUCAAAUCAGCAAAAUUAUUUGUACAGUAAUGGUAGCGCAUUCAAUCAACAAACAAUAGACCUUAUAAAUAACAACAAUACCAACAAUUUGCCUGUUUACACAUCCUACAAUUCCUACAAUCAACAAAUGCAUCCACAACAACAACAACAACAACAACAGCAGCAGCAGCAGCAGCAGCCACAACAACAAUCCCCUUUAGGGUGGACACCAGAACUCUUUCCAAAUAGUUCGUUUCCAACAACUGUGUAUAAUAGAAUUUAAUAUUUUCAUACUGAAAAUGCUUUUGGUUAUUCUACGUUUAAUGUAUAGUUUUCUAUAUUAUUAUUAUUGUAUUUUUACCCUAUUUUAUGGUUAAAUAAUUCUUUCAUAAAGUUA